AUGAGAACUUAUAAUGCACCAAAAGCAAAUGAAGUAGCUAUAAUAUAUAAUUAUGAAAGUGAUGAACAGAAACAAAAUGAAAGAAAUAUUAUUAUUAAAAAAAAUAAUAAUACAUUAAUAAGAAUAUCAGAAUUACAUGGUGCUUAUAAUCCUUUACAAUAUCUAUUGUUAUUUAUAUUUGAAGAAUAUGGUUGGCAUAAAGAAGAAUUUCUUAAAAUAAUUGAAGAAGAAAUUGUUAACCAAUUUGAAGAAGAUGAAAAAGAUCAAAUUGCUAAUCAAGUUGUUACAAAUAUUAUUAAAAAUUUUAAUUUAAAUUUAAUUGCAGAUAUGACUAAAGAACAAUUAAGUGAAUUUUGGUGA